CAGCUCAGCCCCGAGAGACACUGAACCAUGACAUCCACUUCCUCAUCCUCAUCCUCAUCCGCCUACGAACAGGAGCAACAGCUCUUCACCGACACCCUCCUUAAGCUGCAAGUCCAUUCUGCACUCGCCAAGGAGAGUGUCUAUAACAACAAGUCGCCUCUCCCAUUCCUCGCUCAAUCCUGUUCCCUCCUCGACAACAUCCCCGCUCAUUCUCUUCAGUGGACCACAGUCCAAGAGAAUCUGAUCAGCUCCCUCAGAAUCGAUGCUUGGAAAGUCCUUGCAGACGCCUGUAUCAAGGCCAAUGAUUUGAUCCAGGCAGAAGCUAGUCUUGAAAGGCUAGCCACAUUACAGGAGGUCGCCGCUGGACCACUUUCACUACGUUCAAAGGCAAGGAACAGGCGACGAGGCAGACCAUCUGUCUCUGAAACACCCAACUCUAUAUCCGUCUCAGACAGCUCGACAUCCUCCGCGCCGUCAGCAUCAUUACCAUCAACAACAUCGGUAGUGGUCCAGGCAACCAAGGAAGAACGACAGGCUGCUACGGAUCUGAUACUGACUUGGGAGAAGCUGUACCAGGUCUAUAGAGACAUGGGCAGACAAGACAUGGCUAACAACUUUGUAAAACGAGCUGAAAAGAUGAAUGAGCACCUCAGAGGUAUCUAGAUUUGGUUCGCGUUGCACGCAAUAAAGUAUCGCAAUGAAUGAU